AGGAGUCCAUCGAGAUGGGGAACCCCUGGCGCACAUGGUCCAUCUCGGGGCUCGGCAACGCGAGGGGCUUCGGCUGCAACGCGCUGGACGACCGCGGCCUGCUGCGGCCCCUCGCGCGGAUGCAACACCCCACGGAGGUCAACCGGGUCGCGGUGUGCCCACAGAGAGCCCAGCUGCUGGCCUCGAAGGCAGCGAACGGAGCGGUGCUGCUUUUCGACUACAAGGCGUCGCGGCGGAGGAGGCGAGCCCUGACGCCACGCUGGCUGCCAGCGGCGCAGGUGCCGACGGCUUUGCGCUCGGCUGGAGCUCGCUCUCGGCCGGGCUCCUGGCCUCCGGCGGGAACGACGGCCGCCUCUGCGUGUGGGACGUCGAGGUCGGUCCCAAGGUCCGGGCCUCCGCGCCGCUGCAGGACCGCCCCGCGCACGAGGGCCCCCUCGGCGACCUGGGCUUCUCCCGCCGGGGGCCCGCCGUGGUGGCCACCGUCGGCGACGACGGGCAGCUGCGCCUGUGGGACACGCGGGCCGGCGAGGGCCCCCAGCUGGAGCAGCGCGUGUCGGACGUGGACGUGCUGUCCGUGGACUGGAGCUUCUUCCAGGAGUGGACCCUGGCGACGUCCAGCAAGGACGGCGCGGUCCGCGUGUGGGACCUGCGCGCCGCUGGGGACCUGCCCGGCUCGCCCCCGCAGGUUCAGCGGGCCCCGGUCCACGACCUCCGGGGCCACACCGGCGACGCCGUCGCGGUUCGGUGGGCUCCGUUUCGGCCGGGCUUGCUGGCCUCGUGCGGGACGGACUCGCGGGUGUGCUUCUGGGACCUCGAGGCGAGCGGCGAUUCCGACGGGGAGGAUCCGGCGGAAGGGAAGGAUCCCCCCCAGCUGCUGCUGUCCCACAUGGGCCACUGGGAGGGCGUGUCGGACUUCUCCUGGAGCCCCGUGGACGAUUACCUGGCGUGCUCCGUGGCUGAGGACAACAGCCUGCAGAUCUGGCAGCCCUCCACGACGUUUUACCUCGGGGACAGCGACGACGAGCGAGCGCCGGCGGGCGCGCCCGCCGAGAGGCCAGCCAAACGCCAGCGCCAGGAAUGAGGGCCAGGCCCUCCGCUGUGGGCGCGGGGCGCCGGCGCCGCGGCGGGGCCGCGGGGGCCAGCUGGUGCAGCGGCGGGGCCGCGGGGG